AGUGGUGAGCCAUAGGCUCAAACUUCCUCACCAUUGGACAAGUUGCCAUCCCGGCGAAACUUGGGUGCAUGCAUUCCUUUUUGGAUCCUUGGCCAGGGGCUGGGGGCAUACAAGCUGCAGCAGCUGCUGCGGUCUUUCCCAGUCGUUUGGGUCAUGCAACAUGCUUAAAAACUGGGCAUAAUCUUUUGCCAGGUUGAGACGCCCACGUUUGUCGCCCCCGAGAUGCCGGAGAUGCACGGCAUCGGCAGAUCUUAUGCUUCGUCAAUACCGCCAGAAGUGGCGGGGAUACACGCUGCAGCUGCAGCCGCUGUCGAAAAGCCUACGCGUGUAGGCAAAGGGACGUCCAAGACGGAAGGUAUCGGCCGAUCUUUUUCUUCGGCCUUGCCAUGGCGGGCCCCGCCAGACCUGAAAAACAGCAUCCAGAAAGCGCAGCUUGAGGCUGAACGAAAAAGGAGUGUAGUGAAUGGCAGAAGUGCAGAUUUGGAGAGUCGAAUUCGGUAUGCCCAAAUGACCUGCUCUGUGGAGGCCAUGGCAGCGAACCGGCAUGGAAGUGCAGACUUUGAUUUUGAUGCCCACCGGCGGAGUGGUCCGUGGCUGCCGUCUGCCCAGGAGCUCAUGGGCAGCUGGGUGGACAUGCAAGGCAAUUCGGUGAUGGUAUAUUCUGUCGACGCGUACGAGAUGAGACUUGCGGCAGCAGUGUCAAGACCCGCGGCACGAGACUUGCAGCUGGGGCUGCGGCCAACUCCUGACGGCACUGGAUGGAUUUGUGGGAAUGCCACCUUGGACUCGUCUGCCAGCUCUUUGGAAGAGUUGCAUUGGCUUGGGCCCCGGGGCCGAUACUCUGUCUGGGUUCGGGGCCGGAUGUGAUCGUAACACAGUGUUUUCACAGAGGCUCUGGCCGAUAGACUGUACUUGUUUUGUCUUUUGACUUAUUUGAUUCAGUUGCCACAAUGUUGUCCAACCUGACAAGCACGGCAACCGAUUUGACUAUCGCGGUGUCUAAAAGAUGCCACAGUACAGCUGAAGGUUUGUAUUUUAGCAUUUCGACUGCGUCCCGAAUUGCCUGGAGGGCUUUCAUUGGCUUCUCGCACACACACGGAGAGCUCCUCGCUGUUGAAGCGCAACAAGUUGCACUUCAAUUGUCAAAUGAUGUAAAGCAAGGUUGUACUCAGGCUACACUGAAGCUGUGGGGCUCGGGGAAUGCGC